ACUGGUCACAUAACACAGCUGCGCAGUUCUGUCAGCGCUUCUGGUCGCCGUCUGGUCGCUGGCUCGGCCCUCAACCCCCUGCCCAAGAUGAUUCCAGCAGUGGUCUUGUUCUUACUCCUUUUGGUCGAACAAGCAGCUGCCCUGGGAGAGCCUCAGCUUUGCUAUAUCCUGGAUGCCAUCCUGUUUUUGUACGGUAUUGUACUCACCCUGCUCUACUGUCGACUCAAGAUCCAGGUGCGAAAGGCAGCUAUAGCCAGCUAUGAGAAAUCAGAUGCCAUUUACACAGGCCUGAAUACCCGGAAUCAGGAGAUGUACGAGACUCUGAAACAUGAGAAACCACCUCAAUAGCUUUAGAACAGAUGUCCUUGGUUGCAUUCUUCUUUGGCUUCUAAUUCUCUUUUAGCCCUCAUGGUUGGCAUCUCCAUGCCACCUCCAUGCUGUUAACGCUUGCUGACCUUGUGCCUAUAAUGAUGCUAGGCUCUAAAUUAAUGCACACCAGCAACCCCCUCCCCCAGAUGCUAUUCAUAGAUGCUUAUUUUCCUAUGCCAUUACUUUUCCUUUCCUGAUCCCUAACUCCUGCUAAACAAUGGACAGGGAGUACCCAAUAAAGAUGCCACAGAUUAGACUACUCA